AUGCGCAUCCACUCGCUCCCCCUUCAUCUCCUCGCCCUCAUCACCUCCGCCAGCGCCUACACCUGGAACUUCACCAGCACCCCGCGCCAGUGCGAGAACCUCUCCCUCGUCAUCGACGGCACCGGCGGCAGCCCGCCCUACCAUGCUCUCAUCCAGACCUUCGGCCCAACCCCGCUCCCGAACGACAUCGAGGCGCGGCGGAUCAUGGACAUCCCCUUCAACGACACGACCUCCCUCACCUUCCAGCUACGCUACCCCGAAAACUCGCAGUUCGUCGUCGUCGUCAGCGACCAGAACGGGUUCGGGACGGGCGGCACCUCCGUCGCCAGCACCGUUCUCGCCGGCAACUCCUCCUGCUUCGACUCCACCCACAACGUCUCCCCCGACUUUUUCUACGCCAUGACCCCGCCCAACCAGCUCGUCCAGUGCCAAGCCACCCGCCUCUGGUGGAACGCGACCGACGUCCAGGGCAACGUCACCUUCUACGGCAUCAUCCCCGGCGGCGAGUCCUUCCAGAUCCCCUCCGGCAUCGUCACGGACGAGAGCGCGCAAGGCGAGGGCACCGGUUUCACCUGGACGCCGAGCGUCCGCGGCGGGACGCAGGUGAUCCUGACCGCCGGCGACGCGCGCGGGAUCGGCACCGGCGGCUCCUCGCCGUUCACCGUCGGCACCGGCACGUCCAACUCGGUCGACUGCCUCAACGACUCCUCGCCGUCCUCCACGCCCGGCAGCCCCGCCGGCGGCACCUACCCGACCUCCACCUCAGGCGCGGGCGUCGGGUCCGGCUCCGGCUCCGGCUCCGGCUCCGGGUCCUCGGGCGGUAGCGGUAGCAGCGGCGGCUCGCACACGAACAUAGGCGCCAUCGUCGGCGGCACCGUCGGCGGCGUCGCGGGCCUCGUCGCCCUCGCCCUCGUCGCCCUCUUCUUCUUCCGCCGGCGCCGCUUUCACAAGACGCAGAAAGAACGGCCCGUCGACCUCCUCCAGGGCGCGGACGACGACGAGGACCACCCCGCGCCGGUCCAGGGCGCCGACGGCAGCAGCCACGUGCCCAACUACUACCGCCCCGAGCCGUUCCUGCUCCCGGACCCGACCGUCGCGUCCACCGCGGACGCGGACGAGGACGGCGGCGGCGCGUCUAGGUACAGCACGACGGACGUGGGCAGGAGCGCGACGCCCGAGGGCAGCGCCGCGGGGAGGAGCUCCGCGACGCGCAAGACGGCCGCGGGGCCGGCGCCGUUGAGGCCGGUGAAUAUCAUCCAGCACGACGACGCCGGGGUCGCGCCCGCGCCCGACGCGGAGGAGAACGCGGAGACGAUCGAGCUGCCGCCGGCGUAUAACAAGCUGCGAUCGUGA